CUUGUCCUCACCUUUCAUCUGCUGCCCACAGCUUUGAGAUGUAACAAAGCAUACAUACGUACAGGAUUAAGGUAGGUGUCUCCAGUUAAGAUCUUUAGGCAUAAGUACUGGAUUCAACCACUGGAGCCCGGUGUCAAACCUACCCGAAUCUCCUAAUCACUUCUCCGAGCUUCGGCGGAACAACACGAUGAGUCCUGAUUUCAGCUUCGGGCGUAAGUCUGUACAGUGGAGGACCAUCCCCGGGAGCACUUUGAAAUCAAAGCACGCGAUGCUGUCAAUCUCGGACUUGGAACGAUCUAGGCUGAAAGCCUCGAGUUGUUCUCGUCCGAGAAUCCGUAACAUCGAGUUCAUAUAAGAAAGAGCCGGAGGCCUCACACUCACUCGAGUUAGAACAUAAUUUCCAUCACAGCGUGUCAUCCUUGAACGCUCACACCCACUUGACUUCGACAGUCAGACCUCUCGAAAACACAUCUUCCAAACGCUGCGUGAUAUCCUGGAAAUCUGGACAUGACAAGCUCUCAUCCCGGGCCUGCAAAGGGGCAAGACGACUAUGACACUCCCCAAAGUUCCAACCUUUCAGAGAUCCAGAAGCCUGAAGACCAUGUUACACUUCCUGAGUCUUCGGGACCUCUCGACGAAGCUACGGGUGAUUACUAUCAUGGCAAGCGACUCGCGAUUGUGGUCGUGUCUUUGAUGCUGUCGACUUUCCUUGUAUCUCUAGACAAUACUAUCCUUGCCACAGCGAUUCCCAGAAUCACUGACGAAUUCCACGGUCUCGACAACGUUUCGUGGUACAGCGCGGCAUAUUUCAUGACAUUUGGCACAUUCCAGUCCACUUGGGGCAAACUCUUCAAGUACUUCAACCUCAAGUUCUACUACCUGACCUCCAUCGCCAUCUUCGAGUUGGGCAGUCUGAUUUGUGCCGUCGCACCAGGCCCCACGGCGUUGAUCGUCGGCCGGGCCAUCGCUGGUCUCGGCGGUGCCGGUGUGGGAACAGGCGCAUUCACCAUCAUCGGGUUUAUUGUCGAACCCAAGUCUCGCCCGGCGGUGAUUGGGUUCAACGGAGCCACAUAUGGAAUCGCCGCCGUCCUGGGCCCUCUAGUCGGCGGUGCAUUCACCGACAAGGUCAGCUGGAGAUGGUGCUUCUACAUCAACCUGCCCAUCGGCGGCUUGGCCGUGGCAAUGCUGUUGAUCUUCUUCCACACCCCGGCGGCCGCAAAACCAGCUCCAGCCACUCGCAAAGAAAAGUACCUUCAACUCGACCUCGUCGGCGCGGCUCUCGUCAUGGGUUUCAUCGUCUCGUAUAUCCUCGCGCUCCAGCGUGGCGGACAGACCGAAUCUUGGAGUAGCAGUGUGGUCAUCGGCCUGCUCGUCGGGUUUGUCGUCAUUACUGCUGCGUUUAUAUCGUGGGAAAUUUUUCAGGGUGAACGAGCAAUGUUAAUUCCUCGCUUGUUCAAACAACGCCUCGUCUGGGUCUGCUGCAUUUUCCAAUUCUUCUUCGCCGGAUCCUACUUUAUCAUUUUGUUCUAUCUACCUAUCUACUUCCAGAGCGUCUUCGACGUCAGCGCCAUCGGAUCCGGCGUGCGCAACCUUCCACUGGUCAUCACGCUCACCAUUGGAGCCAUCGCCCAGGGAGUGGCUCUGUCCAAGGUCGGAUAUCCCGCUCCGUUUUUGAUCCUUGGAUCUGCAAUUGGCAUGGUAUCCUGUGGGCUAUUUUAUACCCUUGACACCCACACUUCGACAGGGAAAUGGAUCGGAUAUCAGAUUUUGAGUGGUAUCAUCAUUGGAUUCACGUUCCAGACUACCAUUGCCGUGGUCCAGGUCAAUGCGAAACCGGAGGAUAUGUCCGCAGCUACAGCGAUGAUUUUUUGUGAGUUUGACAACAGCCACAACUACUACUACGAGUACUCCUUGAGUCCUUGCAAGACUCAUAACUUGAAAUGGUCUUUCGAAAACCAACCAUUCUCUUCUCCUCCGUCUUUUUCCCUCUUCCUCCGACCAUUCUUUUAGUGUCCCAACCACUGAUUCAUUACGUGCUAUUCCACAGUCUUCCAAAUGAUAGGUGGUUCAUUCACCCUCUCGGCGGCCCAGUCGGCCUUCAACAACAAAUUGAUUUCGACCUUGUCAUCCACCGCUCCCGACGUCAACCCUGCGCUGGUCCUUGUCACGGGAGCCACCGAGAUCCGUAAAGUUUUUCCAGCGGCCCAGAUCCCGGGGAUCGUGGCCGCGUACAUGCAUGGGCUCACAACCGUGUUUGCAAUCUGCAUUGGCACUUUUGGGGCGGCCUUUUUGGUUUCGUUGUGUUCGAGUUGGAAGAGACUUCACCCGGAACAACUGAAAAAGGCAGCCGGAGCUGCUGCCGCUUGAAGCGUUUACACACCCUCUUGAGUUUACACUUGCUACCUGACUUGUGUACGCUACUCAUGUACACAUCUCAUAGAUCUUGGCCACUCGAUAUUCGUUGCAUUUCCAGGGCUGGGAGUCUGGGGCUAUGAUUCUAGUCAUAUAAUUGGACGAAUCAGGUGUAUUAUGUACGUACAGACAGAUUCAUGGACAUUGCUAGUCCAUGCAUAAAUCAAUCAUCC